GUCUUCACAGCUCUUGGGUGUCCCACAUAAAGAUCUCUCUUUUUCUAAAUCCCAAUGAACACGUUCAUCUUACUAAUGAGUCUUUACCUGCUUGGAUCUGUCAAAGGAGCAUCAGGUCAGCCUGAUGCACCUUUUGCCUCCAUGGAUCAUCAAGGUUCAAUUCAGCAACUUUCAGAUGAGUACCUUUCACCUGUAAACCCUUCAGAUGUUGAAGCUUUAUAUGAGACCUCUUCAGGGAAGAAUGUUUUGACUGAGCAUAGUUCCAGUGAGCACAGUUCAAGGGAGCAUGCUGCAGAUGAGCAUAGUGCUGAUGAACACACUGUGGGUAAACAUGCUGCAAAUGAACACACUUCGAACGAACAUGCCACAGGUGAAGAGACUUCAGGUGAACAUGCCUCAGGGGAAGAGACUUCAGGUGAACACGACUCAGGUGGAGAAACUUCAGGUGAACACGCCUCAGAGGAAGAGACUUCAGGUGAACAGGCUUCAAGUGAUGAGACUUCAGGAGAACAUGCCUCAGGCAAAGAGACUUCAGAUGAACACGACUCAGGUGCAGAAACUUCAGGUGAGCACACCUCAGAGGAAGAGACUUCAGGUGAACAUGCUUCAAGUGAUGAGACUUCAGAAGAACACACAUCAGGUGAAGACACUUCAGGCGAACACGUGUCAGGUGAAGAGAAUUCUAGUGAACACACCUCAGGUGAAGAGACUUCAGGUGAAGAGACUUCAGGUGAACAUGCCUCAGGUGAAGAGACUUCAGGCGAAAAGCCUUCUGGUGAAAAGGCUGCAGGUGAACAGGCUCUAGAUGAACAUGCUUCCAACGAACAGCCUUCAAGCACACCACUUCCAAAUAUAUCCUCAGGCAAAAUACUAAAUUGCCACACAUGCGCUUACAUGAAUGAUCAAGGAAAAUGUCUUCGUGGAGAGGGAACGUGCACCACUGAGAAUUCCCAGCAGUGCAUGUUGAAGAAGAUCUUCGAAGGUGGAAAGCUCCAAUUCAUGGUUCAGGGGUGUGAGAACAAGUGCCCCUCUAUGAACCUCAUUUCCCAUGGCACAAGGAUGCAAAUCAUAUGCUGCCGAAAUACACCUUUCUGCAACAAGGUCUAGAAGACUGACUGACCCAGGCAGAAGGCCCCCUCCGUGCUACUUGAUUCAAUUUAUACCAAGCUUCAACAACUAAGAAUACUGGCCUCUGCCUGAAUGUUAGAUGAGAUGCUCAAAUAGAUUCCUCUCCUAUUCAUGGCCCUACCCAAUUUUCUCUACCUGUCUCCCUUACCCCCAACCUUGACAUUCCAGAUUUCCUUUUUUAAAAU